AUGGCCUCUCCUGAAGUCCACCAUCUCUUCCACCGGCCCAUUGCCGACCACUCCUUUUCCGCCGAUCGCAAGAUCCUGGCUGUCGCCAAAGACACGGCCCUCGAGCUUUACGGCAAGGUCGGCGGCGCCUUCAAGCUGAAGGACGAGCUCAAGGGACACGACAAGACCAUCACUGGCAUUGACAUUGCCCCUAACAGCGGCCGGAUUGUUACCUGCUCCCAAGACCGAAAUGCCUUGGUGUGGGAACCCUCUCCGACUGGCUACAAGCCCACCCUCGUCCUGCUGCGUAUAGCCCGUGCCGCCACCUGCGUGCGAUGGUCGCCUUCUGAGACCAAGUUUGCCGUCGGCUCCGGCGACCGAGUCAUCGCCAUCUGCUACUUCGAGGAGGAGAACGACUGGUGGGUGUCCAAGCACUUGAAGAAGCCCAUCCGGAGCACCAUCACCAGCGUCGCCUGGCACCCCAACUCCGUCCUGCUGGCCGCUGGUUCGACCGACGCACAUGCCCGAGUCUUUUCCGGCUUCAUCAAGGGCGUCGAUGCCCGCCCCGAGCCAAGCGUGUGGGGCGAGCGUCUGCCUUUCAACACGGUCUGCGGCGAGUUCCUGAACAACUCGGCCGGCUGGGUCCACUCGGUCGCCUUCUCCCCGAGCGGCGAUGCCUUGGCCUUUGCUGCCCACGACAGCAGCAUUACCGUGGUCUACCCGACCGCACCCGAACAGCCUCCCAAGGCUGUCAUCAGCAUCAACACCCAGCUCCUGCCCUUUAUGAGCCUGAUCUGGAACGGUGAGAGCGAGAUCAUCGCAGCUGGCUACGAUUGUGAGGCUUUCAGGUUCAAGGGAAGCGCCUCCGGCUGGGAACUCAGCGGUACCUUGGAAUCAAAGGGAAGGCCCGGCCUGGGAGAUGCCCGAGAAGAGUCUGCCUUGAACAUGUUCAAGCAGAUGGACCUGAAGGGCAAGGUCAAAGACGACACCCAGCUCAAGACAGUCCACCAGAACACCAUCUCGACCCUCCGCGUCUACUCGUCCGAUGGCAGCUCCGUGUCCCAGUUCAGCACCAGCGGUGUUGAUGGAAGAGUAGUCAUCUGGAACGUAGGCCAUCUUCAUAUGCAGGAUCAUCUGGCGGGCGGUCACGAUCGUCAUUGGGCGUCGUGGCACUCAAGCGGUGGAACAUCAGUACCACAGGUAGCCCCUGGUCGACCUCUUAGACCCAUGGCUUCGCCCAUCGAAGCUGAGGGCUUCAGUCUUCCGUUCUAUCCUACAACCACCCCCGGAGCCGAAGGGCUCGCACGAACUUCUUCAGCCAGUGCGUUUCCUUAUGGGCAUCAUCACCUCCAAGAGGAGGACCACCUUCCUGAGCAGGAUAUCCACCGUGACCGGGGCACAGGCAAGCGGGAGUCCAACACCCCGUCUAUGCCGGAUAGUAUCAUCAGUCGGACAAUCAGCAUUCACAGCAGCAACUCUGAGCAGAUCCACCGUCUUAGUACGGCCAUCGGCAGAAUUCAAGACAUUUGCCUUGAGGCCACCAAGUGGUACAUCUCGUCGCACCACGCCAACCGUCAGGCGCGUGCCAGCAUAUCAGCCGAGUAUCCAGAGGCUGUGAGCAAGAAAGAAGAGGACGAUGGGGAUGAGAACAAGAGCGACGUGUUCAACCACCAACACGAGUUCCCGACCUCCCCCGCCAGCCAGCCGGCGCCGGUGUCGUCUCACCAGGAGCGCCAGCAAGAGCACACACCCCCGGGCCAGCCGUGCCUCAUCCCCGCCGUGAGCAACUCGCUCCUCAAGAACAUCAGCGGCAUCUGCAACAUGCUGUGGGCGGGCUCGCAGCGCGACCGGCUCGUCGUGCUCAACGUCGAGCGCCUGGCCGUCGACAGCAUGGCGCGCCUGCUCGGCUGGGCCGAGACCGUGGCCCUGGGCGACGGCGACGAGUGGAUGCUGAACGGCGAUGAGACCCUCCGCAGAGCGCUGGACGCCGGCACGAACCUUUGUAUGUGGCUCGGUGUCCACGAGGCCGUCAGGGACAUUGGCAUCCUGCAGGCUCAGGUCCUGGGGGAUGCGAGGGAUGGAGGCCCGUGGUUCGGAUAG